GUGUGAUUAGGCAACAAAAUGAAACCGUCUGCCUCUCAAGGGGUCUAACACAUGGCCCUGGCCUCUUUAUUAUUGUUCAUAACUGAUUGAGUAGUAGUAUACCAGGUGAAGAUUCACGGACAUUUUAAUUUAUAUAUUACAUUAGUUUUGCCGUAUGUUCUAUUCAUGAUGUUAAAUCACACAGUGGUCCAUAUACUUGAAAAUGUGGUCGUAGCAGCAGCAGACAAAGAGAAUCAGAAGGUUAAAUUUAGCAAUUUAAAUUGCCAAACUUGGUUACCUUCUUUGACUCAGGGUAUAAUUUAAGCCAAGUUAACUUUACACUGUAAAAAGUAUGAACUAAUGAUGCAUAUCAAAGCAAGUCCUUCAAGAAGAGACAGUGCUACCUUUUCCCUGAUUUGAGAGAAGCAAGAGUGGGAGGGCAGAGUAGAGAGUCUCUUGAGAUACGUAUGCAAGUUUGCUUCCAGCUAAAAGUUAAUGAUCAGUUGCCUCGGUUCUCAUCUCUGAGCCCUGAGAAAUAGCACACUCGUGUUCUCUGUCUAUUCAGGUUACUUGAACUUCAAAUAGAGAAGCAGAAAUGCCACCACCAGGAGGCACCCCACCACUACAUCCACCUCCCGAUGGAGGAUGGGGCUGGGUAGUGGUUGGAGCAGCUUUUAUCUCCAUUGGAUUUUCAUAUGCAUUUCCCAAAGCUGUCACAGUAUUCUUCAAAGAAAUCCAGCUCAUAUUCAACACUACCUACAGUGAAAUAGCAUGGAUAUCAUCCACUAUGCUGGCUGUUAUGUAUGCAGGAGGUCCCAUAAGUAGCGUUUUGGUGAAUAAAUAUGGUAGCCGGCCGGUGGUGAUGGUAGGAGGUUUGUUAUGCUGUUUGGGAAUGGUCUCGGCCUCUUACAGUACCAACGUAGUAGAGCUUUAUCUCACAAUGGGAUUCAUUUGCGGCAUAGGUCUAGCCUUCAACCUGCAACCUGCCUUAACAAUCGUUGGCAAAUACUUCUACAAGAAACGACCCGUAGCGAAUGGGCUUGCAAUGGCUGGAAGUCCUGUUUUCCUAAGUACCUUGGCCCCUUUCAAUCAGUUCCUCUUUAAUACUUACGGCUGGAAGGGAAGCUUCAUGAUUUUGGGAGGUUUGCUGUUGAACUGCUGUGUGGCUGGGUCCCUUAUGAGACCUGUUGAACCCAAAGCAAGUACUGAGUCUAAAAAUAAGGUUGGAGUAAGAGAAACUGAUUCCAGUAUGAAAAAAAGACAAAAAAAGUUAUCAGUUUGGGAAAAAAUUAAUAAGUAUUUAGAUUUCUCCCUUUUUAAGCAUAGGGGAUUUCUGAUAUACUUAUCUGGAAAUGUCAUUAUGUUUCUGGGGUUCUUCGCCCCCGUUAUAUUCUUGGCUCCAUAUGCUAAAGACAAAGGAAUCGAUGAGUAUUCUGCAGCUUUCUUGCUGUCUGUUAUGGCUUUUGUUGAUAUGUUUGCCAGACCUUCUGUAGGACUUAUUGCCAAUUCCAAAUUAAUCCGACCCCGAAUCCAGUACUUCUUCAGUUUUGCAGUGAUGUUCACUGGAAUCUGCCAUCUCUUAUGCCCAUUGGCUGAGGACUACACCAGCCUGGUGGUGUAUGCUGUAUUUUUUGGCCUUGGAUUUGGGAGUGUUAGCAGUGUCCUCUUUGAAACUCUCAUGGACCUUGUUGGUGCUCAGAGAUUUUCCAGUGCUGUGGGACUCGUCACAGUUGUGGAGUGCUGUCCUGUCCUCCUUGGGCCUCCUCUUGCUGGUAAACUGGUGGAUGAAACUGGACAAUAUAAAUACAUGUAUUUGGCCUGUGGAGCUAUUGUGGUCAUAGCCAGCGUGUGGCUACUCAUCGGCAAUGCCAUCAACUACAGAUUGCUUGCAAGGGAAAAGAAGAAGAAUAUACAUACCAAGGAAUCUCAAGAAACUGAACCCUUGAAGACAUCUCAGAGUCCCAAUGUUAAUAUCAAAAGUGGCGAAACUGAAACAUGGAAAGGAGCAGAGGUUAAUCCCUCAGAAAGAGAAACAAAUAUUUAACAAGAAUCAUAUCUCUGAUUUCAGUAUUCAUGACUUUCUCAGGAGUAUUAUUUUUUUCAACAUAUUGGAAGAUUUUUAGUUGAAAUGAAGAGUCAUAGUUAAGGAUGGAGAUGAGAUUUUCCUUCACAACAAAUUUUAAAUGUUUGUCUUUAAAAACUUACUUGGGUAGUUAAAUUUUGAGAUUAUGCAUAUAAAGAAUUCAUACAUUGGGUUUGUGUCCAUACAUGAGUCUGGUUGUGGUGGUUAAAUGAUUUUAAAGUCUUCUGGUGACUUCUAGUCUUGGUUAUAGAGAUCUGAAUUCCAAAAUGCUGGUUUAAGUAGUUAGAAAGAGUAUGUUUAAUCCUAUAAGAAUACCUUAUCCACAUUUCAUUUUUGAUUCAAUAUUAAAGUGUGAAAUGGAAUUGAAGGAAAUUAAUUUUUUUUCCUAGAUAUCCUCACACACACCAACUUUCAUACACUUAAGAAUGAACAGACAAGGUAUCUGGAGAAAAAAAGACAAGUUUAAAAAGAAUAUUAUCACUGUAUAUAUAUUUUUAAAUCCAUGGAGAAAAAAAAUGCAUUAUAUCUGCAUAGUACCUUAUAGUGUGGAUGUUAGAGAUAUGAACAUGGGUGAAAAUGAGAGUGGUCUUAAUUUGAAAAUGUAAUUAACUGCUGUAAAACAAAAGCAAUUGCAUAUAUGAAAUAAAUUUGAAAAAAAGUAAAA